UACGCAAUGGGUGAACGAUGAUUUGUAGUUUUCUCUCCGCAUAUAAUUUGACAAAUGUUCGUUAUCCUUCUGUUUGUCAAAGUCAAAAGAGACUCCGAGUUUGUACGUUUGUGGAAAGAAAAUCGGAAACUUUUUUCCUAUCCUAUCUUCUUAUAUAUUCCCAGUUGCCUUAUAACCGUCGAGUUGUCACGCAUUGUAGAAUUGUACAAAACUAUGCCAACUUGUCCAGAAGAGAGUUUGAUGAUCUGUUGAAACAGAGUCAGCUGAGGAUCUGCUUAGUGGGUAUGUCUAACUGCGGAAAAACUUUGCGUUCCCUCCAAUUGGCCCAGCAGUUUGGGUUUGAACGAUUUUGUGUAGACGACAAGAUUGAACAACAGAUUUCCAACGUUUUGCAAGUACAGGGUUAUUCUUCUGGAAUUGAGGGUGUUGCAAAGUGGAUGGGAUACCCUUUUGAAGAGAGAUUUUAUCGGAAUCAAGAGUUGUAUUUGAAGUAUGAAAAUCAACUAACUUAUGAAGCUACUCAAAUUGCACGAGAGACUAGGCGCUCCUUUGUAUUGGAUACGACGGGUAGUGUUAUUUACUUGGAGAAGAAAACUCAAGAUUUUAUCGACGAUACUUUUUUAGUAGUCCAUCUGGAAGCUCCUGAAGAUAUGUUACAAGAAAUGAUUCAACUGUAUUUUGAGGCUCCCAAACCAGUUAUUUGGGGAGAUAGUUUUCAGCCUCUUCCAAAUGAGGACGGUAUAUCAGCGUUGAAACGCUGUUAUCCUCAACUUUUGCGAUUUCGUCUGAAGAGAUAUCAGCAAUUUGCUCAUUGCAGUGUUCCAGCAUCGGUUUCAAUGAAUUCAGCUUUUGAUAUAGAUCAAUUUAUUGAGAAAAUAAGAGAAUGUUUGCCAAAAUAAGAAAACGGAAUUGGGAACCCGCGCAAAUCAAAAGACACGCCAUGGACAUUCCAAAACUGUAAAGCAAUGCGUCAAAAGUGUUGGACACGCAGAUGGAUUAUGGCGCCAUGGAAAAAUAAAUAGGAAUGUCGGAGU